CGGUCUCGGUGCCGGUGCCGGUGCCGGGCCGGCCCCGCCGCGGGAGCAGCAGCGGGGCUGAGCGGCGGCCAUGGGCCGCAGCCGCUCCCGGUCACCGCCGCGGCGGGAGCGCCGGCGCUCGCGUUCCACGUCCCGGGACAGGGACAGGCGGCGGCGGGAGCGAUCCCGGUCCCGGGACAGGGACAGGAGGAGGAGCCGGUCCCGCUCCCCGCACCGGAGACGAUCCAGGUCCCCACGCCGGCACCGCUCCAGCUCCUCGUCGCCAGCACGGCCCAAGGAGCGCCGGGAUGAGGAGAAGAAGGAGCUCAAGGACUCCAAGAAGGAGCGGCAGAUCACAGAGGAGGAUUUACAGGGCAAGACAGAGGAGGAGAUCGAGAUGAUGAAGAUGAUGGGUUUUGCCUCCUUUGAUACCACCAAGGGGAAGAAGGUGGACGGCGCUGCCAAUGCCUACGCCAUCAACGUGUCCCAGAAGAGGAAGUACAGGCAGUACAUGAACAGAAAAGGAGGAUUCAACAGGCCCCUGGAUUUCAUCGCCUGACCUGGCACACGGCUCCAGAAGGAUUUCGCUUCCCUGCACUCUCCUGGCUGGCUCCCGUGCUGGAUUCCAGCGGAAUUCGGGUUACUCCCAACAAAUCCCACAGCCAGAGCUGCCGCCAGUUUCCGUUUCCCAGAUGUUUGUUGUUGUUGUUUUACAACAGAGGUCAGAUUCUGGCUGGGAUUUUGCAGUGUUCUCCCUGGGUUUGGUUUGUUUCCCUGUUAAUAAAACCCCAGAUGUAUUUUUU